ACCGGAAACGGAAUGCAUUACGGGGACAUGUAAACCGGUGUGUGAAAUUGGUAGCAAUGUGAGGUAAUUAUUUACCCUUCUUAAAACAUUUUCAUGUUAUGAACUUUAUUUCGAAAGCAACAAAGAAAAACCGGUUGAUACUUUGGGAUAAUGGAGAAGGAGAGAAGACACAGAAGGCUCGAUUCCCCUCCUCCAGCCCGGGAAAAAAAGAUGAAAAUCAAAGAAGAGCAACUUAGUCCGGACAGGCCGCAGAGAUCCCGGCGCUCGAGUUCGGGGUCUAACGGGAGUAGCUCUAGCCCUCCGCCGCCGAGGAGACGAGCAGACAGGUCGCCUGCUAGAAGAAGAGACAGAUCGCCAGCAAGACGGGACAGUAGGUCACCCAGGAGGAAGAGAAACCGAAGUCCCCUCCCGGAUAACGACGUUAAAAUAAAGCGGGAGCGGGACGAUCACCGUGGUGACGAGGAGAGGCGGCGGCGCGACCGCUGGGACACGGCGGACGAUCGGCGGGGGGGUCAGGAAGAGGAGCGGCCGCGGUCGGGACACCGGGAGCGUGGGGGCGGGGGCGGGGCCAGGCAGAGGGAGCGCGACACGCAGGCGUUUCAGCAGCAGCAGGCCGAGCGGGAUCGCCACGACGACCGGCGGCGGGACAACCGGCGCCGCCUGGAGGCCGACGGCCAGAGCGGAGAGCUCCCCGCCUUCGGCGGCGGCGCGGAGGACGGCGACGGCGACCCCCCCGCCGAGAAGGAGAAGCCCAACUUCGAGCUGUCGGGGGCGCUGGUGGAGGACACCAACACGUUCCGCGGGGUGGUGAUCAAGUACAACGAGCCCCCCGAGGCGCGCAUCCCCAAGCGGCGCUGGCGGCUGUACCCCUUUAAGAACGACGAGCCGCUGCCCGUCAUGUACAUCCACCGGCAGAGCGCCUACCUGCUGGGCCGCCAGCGCAAGAUCGCCGACAUUCCCAUCGACCACCCGUCCUGCUCCAAGCAGCACGCCGUCUUCCAGUACCGGCUGGUGCCGUUCACGCGCGCGGACGGCACCACGGGCCGGAGGGUGAGGCCUUACAUCAUCGACCUGGGCUCGGGCAACGGGACCUACCUGAACAACAGCCGCAUCGAGUCGCAGCGCUACUACGAGCUCAAGGAGAAGGACGUGCUCAAGUUCGGCUUCAGCAGCCGCGAGUACGUGCUGCUGCACGAGUUCUCCGACACCAGCGAGGUGGACGCCCGGCCGCCGGAGGAGGAGGACGACGACGAGGGCCUGGACGAGUGAAGGGGCCCAGGGGCAUCGUGGGAAACGUAGUCAAACUGAGCGCUAGACGUUGACUUUUCAAAAACAAGCUAUCUCUCUCUCUCUCUCUCUCUCUCUCUCUCUCUCUCUCUCUCUCCCGGAAGUGGCACGGCCUCGUGCUGAAAUGGGUUGGGCUGCGUCCAGGGUUAGCGGAACACACUACGCACACGCGUGGGCCAGAGGCAGGCGCUUCUUUAAAGCGGUCCAACGCCAGGACGUCCGGUUAUCUCUUCUCAGGUCAUUUGUAUUAGUGCUGUAGUGCAGUCUGUUCGGUUCAUCUCGCGUCCUGUAGCUAACAGUGCUUCUCCAGUCCAUGUUCAGCAGCAGUAACCGGUACCCUAAGCAGAAGUAUGUAUAUAUAUUUUUUUUAAUAAUAAAAAUCUUUGAAUAAAAAUAAUGGCUUAUGUCCAGACGGGUUGCUGUAAAUGACCCUGGAUGUGUUGAACGUGCACCCUGGAUGUGGUUUUUCUUUUUUUUUUUUUCUUUUUUUAAUUUACGCUCUUUGAACAUAGUUCACUCAUUUCGGGUGAAAGGAUGAAAGAGAAGAAAAAGGUUUCCUGCUUUCAUGUAUACUGUUCUUCUGUGAGUGAACCUGUGAGCUAAUCAGGCCCUGCUUUGUGCAGCAGUCUGUGAGCGAGGCAUUGUGGGCACACAUUUUUGCCAUUGCGCUCUACAUGUUUAUGUAGUUCUGCAAACAUCUGCAUCGCUCCGAAAGUUGUGAAUAAUCUGAAUUCUGCUCUGCAAGGCUGUGCUUUUCACCUUUUUUUUUUUUCUUUAUACCGUUUUUGAAAUCCUGCAGCCUACGUACAUUUUUCAGUUUCUUUUUAAAUGUUUUUUAUUGUACAUAAAGAUCAUAUAAAAAAUA